UCCUAGACUACAUCGACAUAAAUCCUACUUAAGCUUUCACUAUAUUGGCGCCACUUCUCUUCUCUAUCUAUGGUUCUCUGUUCUCAGUGACACACGACGACAACGAUCCACCCUACCUCCGUCUGCUAAAUUAUCCUGCAGGGAGGGGAGAUGUCAAGCCGUGCCGAGACUCGGUGUCUGCUCUUAUAAAGGCGACCGAGCACAGGUGAUUUCCAUUUUCCUAACUCGUUCAGCAAAAAUGUCGUGGACUGUUGACGCAUGCAAGAUGAAAGCAAACCUAGAGGCUCCGGAAAACGUCUGUGCGGGUAUCAUGACGGUGACGGCACAACAAAGUUUUCUGCUCUUCGGUAUCAACGCUUGUCUAUUUGGCUAUUAUGUCUUACACAGGUUCAGAGAUUCUUGGUCUAUUCUGUGUCUCGUCACAUGGGUUUCUAUCGUUGAAUUAUUCACGUGUGCGGCGCAUAUUGCGUUGUUGCUCGAAUUCUUUGCCUCUACAUUACAUCGCACGGCCUUUGAAUUCGCGUGGGUUGCUGACAUGAUUCCGCUCAUUACUGUGUCUGCCUCUCUUCCUGUUCAACUCUUCCUAAUUUGUCGAGUGAACAAACUCUCCAAGUCGCCUGUACUUACUGGCUUUCUUGGAUUUCUUUCGCUCUUUUCGGCUCUCAUGUCUCUCGGCACGAAACGGAUUGCUCUGGAGUACGAGUGGCCUGCUGCGAUAUGUAACUUGGGACUAGCCGUAUCUCUUCUUUGGUAUCUGAAAGAAGAAAAAGAUGCCGAUUUUGAGCAACGCCUGCAAAUCAUCGUCGAAUGUGCUCUUCCGGUGGUUUUCAUUUGUAUUGGGGAUAUAAUUUUUGCUACCGUCGUCCCUCCGAGUGGCUGGCGCGGUUUAUUUGAAUUCAGCUUGUCUCGGUUGUAUAGUACUACGUUGUUUACGACAUUGAACGCCCGGGCACCAAAGGAGGCUCCUGACAUGGAUGAAGACACAUUUGUGGCUCUGGUGGAAAAGCGUGUCGCGUCUUGUGAAACGGAGGAAGAAAAGCGUGUUACCCGCGCAGUCUUGUCUUUCCUCCUAUGAGGGGGCAAAAAAUCAGUUGUCGUACUAGGAUACCCUUGAAUUUCUCUGCGUCUGGCACGCCUAGUUGUAUCAUAUGCCUAUUUAUUUUGCAUGAAUCUAAGUAACCAAAAUUUCAGUGCACCGGCAUUAACGGUCC